UCUCCCCUUCCUCUUCUCAGACAUCACUCGUUGAAACUUGAAACCAACAAAGAGUUCUUCACCUCUCGAACAGAUUCACCGGAGAAGCCUCUCUGUCGUUUUGCCGCUUUGGAUUCUCUCUUUCUCCAGGCAAGGAAUAUCACAGAGAAAGUUUGGUGUGUUUUUUGAGAUGGCUUGUGGCUUAAGCAAGAGCCUUGGUUUGUCUUCAUCGAUGAAGAAGCAGGGCAUCGUGACGAUUCUCGGCGGGGAUUACGACAGCGACAUUUCGUCGAACACCUCAGCUGCUUCUCUCCGCCGGACUUUCUCCGCCGACUUGUCCAAGAGCUGGCUUUCCCGAAAUGGGUUUUGCCCGAUGAAGACAAUUUCUUCGUCGGAAGAGCUCCACGCCUCUGUCGCCGACGAAGAAGGAGGAGGAGAAGAACUGAUAUCUGGGUUCGACAUCUGGGCUCAGAUUCAGAACGAGAAGAAGAACAAUAAGAUCGACGAUGAAAGGCCGGGACAAUCCGGUGUAUGGAGUUCGAUUCUGUCUCAGAAAUCAGAGCCUAUCAAGAUGGUUCCUCCACCGUACGUUCAUCCUAUCGUGAAGCGAGCUUCAAGCUCUCUGAACGAGAAAAGCCUCGAGAUUUGCACUGAGAGUCUCGGAUCAGAGACGGGUUCCGACGUAUUCUCGAGGUUUCCGUCGCCGGGGAAACGAGAUGCGGAAGAACAGAAGGAAGAAGAUCAAUCGGAAGCUGAACAAGAGACAUGGGUUCCGAAUCAUAACCUCAACUCGACGAUCGUAAAGAAAUCCUUAGGUGGGGGAUCGUUUCCUCCGCCGAUUCCAUCGCUUUCGAGCCAAUCUGGUAAGUCUCUGCACAUGAAAACUCGCCGAGACAACGGUAGGUUGGUUCUCGAGGCUGUUUCAAUGGCUUCGCAGAACAAUUUCUGCGCCAAGCGACAAGACGGCCGCCUUGUCCUAACGUUCACAGACCCAAAAGACGAAACGAACGAUUCAAACGAAAGAGAAGAAGAUGAAGAAGAAGAGACUCUCUGGUUUAACGAAGAGGAAGAGCCAAGAAAUGGGCUUGCGGGUGUUUACAACUUCACCCAAAACCCUAAUGGGCUUGCGAAUGUUCACAGGUUGGCCCAUAAGCCCAUUGGGAUACCAAUCAGAAACCCUAGAUGGCCCUGUAAAGACGAACCCUCCGGAAAAUCCGAUGUCCUGGCUCCCGUGGCUCAAUCAUUGCCACCGAGGCCGAAGGUGGCUAAGCUCGCUCGGGCGGCACAACCACCAUCCACGGUGGACGACACCGUAGGAGCCGCUUGCUUCAACACAUACGAUUACUACUGGAGGCCCAUUAAGCCCAUGAACCCAACCUUAAUGGGCCAAUUUCAAGCCCAAGAUUCAGUCAAAGGAAAAGAUGGUUUACUAAACGGUUGCAAGGAACAAAGGAGGUCUCUUCUAUUCUUUGAGCCCUUUUGCAUUGCCACUUCAUGAGACCUUCACAGAAAGACUCAUCCAAAGACAUAAGCAUAUGAUAUAUAUGUAUAUAUACACACAUACAUAUAUACUAUAUCAUCCCCAAGAAUAAUUGUUGUUAAUUGCUUUUCUCUCUCUCCGUUUUCCUCUCCUUUGUGUUUUUCAUUGGCCUUUCUUCACUAGGGAGGCCGUGAGAGAGUGAUAGAGGAAAAUAGGGAGAGUAACCUAUUUUUAAACCUCGUUGAAGUAUGGAAUAAUUAUACGA